AUGUUCCAGUCGGAUCAAAAUUUAUGCCGAGAGGCUGACUCCCCGGGACAGAAAAUCAGCUCGGAGAAUCAGGUAAAAUAUGACGGGGAGGGUCGGCACAGCGCGUCUCCUGUGGCCGAACCUGACACCCUCAGGGCCGACCCGCUUCCGACUCGAAUCUCGCAGACCAGUAACGGGGGAGAUACCGGGCUUUCCCCUUCCAGCGCGGAACCCCCGCAAGUGUCCGAGCUCGAACCUUGCGAAGAUGGCGUGCCGUCCGAGACUGUUAAUGAAAAUCCGGAGCUUAGAGAGAUGGAAAGCGUGCUUAGAAAUGUGAUACAAAUAAUGCAAGAGCCUCCCGUGCGGCUUGCGGAAAAGGUCGUCGACGACGUAAACGUCUCUUCCGGCGACCUGAUCGCCGACCCCCAGGCAUCGACCAGCGGUAACGAUGAGCCCGCCGUAAGAUUCGCGAUGAAACAAACUUGCGACAGCAGUGAGAACACCUCCCCCGAUGCGACUCCGAAGAAGUCCAAAGUCGCGAGGCCUGUGCUGAAACAUAGAGAACCGCCAAAGAACACGAAGCCCAAGAACACGUUUAACGAUCGCAUAAGGUUUUUCGCCAGGAAGAAGCCGGCCCAGAACAAAAUUGAGAAACCUGCGAGUCACCGUGUGUUAGAAGUCCAGGGAAACCCUAGAAAGCCCGCGGGUCCCGAAGGAGCAGAAUUCCUUUCGAAGCUUUCCUUCCUCGACAACAUCGAUCGCAAGAUCACCUGGGGAAAGGCAAAGACGUACCCUGGAAGUGUAACGGUGUCCGAGCUUAACGACGAUCGCAUUGGAACUACGGAGGUCAAUCGGAUGGCCACCAAAGUAAAGAAACGUAAGAAGCAAGAGCCGCAGCCCAAGCCCAAGUUUGAAGGCAUCUCUUUGUUGAGGAGCAUCCUGGGUAUCUCUAGCCCGUCACCGAAUCGUAAGGGAGCCAUAACGAAUACGAAGAACCCGAAACGGUCGCCCAGUGCGAAGCCCACGAACAAGCAGUCGCCUAGUCGUACGCCACGCACACAGUCACCCCGCGGAAAGAAGAAAAGCCUGUCUAGAGAGAAGAUGCCUGCGAAAGAGGGAUCUGCGAAGACCGACACCAAGGAAGAAGCUAGUGCAGAGUCUGUGAAAUCCGCAACGUCCUCCGAAAGUGAAUCUACGGGAGAAAACAAUACGAGUCAGAGCUGA